UAUUAUUUUUAUUUCGAGAUCGAAGUCGAUCAACGCCAUUUUCGCACUCCCUUCUCCACUCUGUUCACAUUUAUUAAAAAAAAAAAAAAGCUUCAUCUUCGAAGAGGGAGGAGGAGGCGACGCUCUUCUUCGUCCUCUUCGUCUUCAAACCCUAAUCGAGAUGAGGUAGCUCUAACAAAUCCAACAAAUCCAAACCCUUAGCCCUCCAUUUCGAAUCCCAUGGCGAAGUCGAAGGGCUUGAAGCUCCCGAAGCCCCCCAAGCUCUUCGCCAAUGUGGGGGGCUUGGGGCUCGCGGCGAUCGCGUACGUGUGCGUCGACUACCUCCGCUACGCGUCCCCGUCGUGGCACGCGCGGCUCCAACCCGCGCUCUGGGCCGCGCUCGCCCUAGCCGCGGCGGCGCGCGCGCCCUUCUACCGCCACUGGGCCCUGGAGCUCCGCGCCGCCGCGCCCUUCCUCGCUGCCAUGGUCUUCAUGCUCCUCGCCUUCCUCUGCGAGGCCCUCUCCGUCCGAUUCGUCACCGCCGUGCUCGGCCUCGAUUGGCACAACUCGACUGAUCCCCUUCCGGACACCGGCCAGUGGCUGCUUUUAGCACUGAACGAGAAGCUUCCUCCGAUCAUCAUAGAGAUCCUCAGAGCUCACAUAAUCACGCUUCAUCACUACUUAAUGUUAUUUAUUAUGUUGGGAUUUUCUGUGCUUUUCGGCUCUGUUAAAGCCCCUGGUCUUGGGCUAGCCGCGAGAUACAUGUUCACGAUGGCUGUAGGCCGUCUCCUUCGCGCUAUUACAUUCGUCUCUACAAUCCUUCCUUCACUGCGGCCUUGGUGCGCUACCGCUCGGUUUCGAGUUCCUCAGCAUCCUCAUCCUUGGGCGCAGAAGUAUUACAUGCCUUAUGCUUCGGAUUCUAAUGCAAUUCACAAGCUAAUACAAACAGAUACACAUUAUGCAUCUGUUCAAGAAUAUCCAGAUGAGUAUAGACCAGAUUGGGGAAAGAUGAGCUUCCUAGUCGAUGUUUUGAGACCAACUGUCGGCGAGGGAUCUUCGUGGCUCCGCUUGUUGAAAAAAGCUAGUGGUGGUUGUAACGACCUAAUGUACAGUGGCCACAUGCUUGUUGCGGUGCUAACUGCUAUGGCAUGGACGGAAGCAUACGGAGGCUGGACUUCGGCUUUGAUAUGGGUUCUCGUCCUCCACAGCGCACAAAGAGAGGUUCGCGAGCGCCACCAUUACAGCGUCGACUGUGUAGUGGCGAUCUACGUCGGCAUAUUAUUAUGGAGGAUGACCGGCUUUAUUUGGUCGGCCAGGGACUCUUCCAAAGCCAAAAGGCUAGCCAAGCUCGACGAGGUUCGGACCCGAUUAGCUCGAGCUGCAAAGGAUUCGGAUGUCGAAGAGAUACGACGCCUCUUAGAAGAGGUCGAAUCGACCGGCCAAGAAAGGGAGAGCUUCUCGCAAAGGGCGAUCUUGGCGUUCGCGGCAAUAGUGAUUGUUUUUACGCUAACUUGUGUCGUCCUCGCGUUUACGCUGACGAGCGACGGGUGAUUUCUUGCAAGAACUAAAAAAAAUGUUUCUGUUGUAUUUGAAAUGUAAUUCGCACUCGGGAAUAUUCUUGGCGAUGUUGCGGAGAUCUUUAGUUUCACACAAUCAGGGUGAUUAUGUUUUAUGUUCUAGCAGGCAAAUUUAUGUUUCAUCAAAUGUCUUAUUUUUAUUUUGCCA